GUGCGGGGACAGGUUACUCCACGCCACGGUGCGGCUCUCCUUCUCUUCCAUCCCCAUUUGCGCACCUCACCUUUCGUCCGUUCCGUCCGUGAGAGCGGCGAUGACGAAGCCGGCCGAUCGGCCACGGUUGACGAUGGAGGACUACGUCCUCUUCUUCACCACCCGCAGCGGUCGAGGCCUCACCGUCGACCAACUCAACCAGAUCCUCUUCAUGCACGGCUUCAAGAAGUUCCACAACUCGAACAAGCCGGUGAUCGUCGACGCGCUCAACUCGCUCGAGCCACUGCGCCCGCGCCGCUCCACCGUCAGCAUCAACGCCGUCGCGCCCCCGCCGGGCGCCGCGGGCCCCUCCGCGGCCGUGCUCUCCACGGAGGCCGUAAAGCGCGACAUCCAGGACCUCGGCUGGGGCGAGUGCCCCGUCGGCUCCGUCCUCUCCAUCCACGCCGGGUCCGCCGCCUCCUCCCCUGUGCCGCUCGCCACCAUCCACCCGGGCUCCGCCGCCUCCUCCCCCAUGCCGCUCGCCGCCGUCGUCCAGGGCGCCUCCCCUCCGAGCACACUCGGCGCCUCUUCCAGCCUGCCUUCCGCGGCGCCCGGCGUGGAGGGGAACAGGAAGCGGGUACUGAGGGGCCAGGGGAAGGCGGCGACCAAGAAGAAGGAGAGGCGCAUGAGGGAGCUGCUCAAGCUCCCGUCCAUCGAGGUCCAGGAUAUGCCCGCCGCCGCCCAGAGCAGCGGCAGCAUUGCCUCUGCUGUGUGAUCCGUAGCACGGUUGAAGCAGCAUGGAACUGACGGUUGAUCUGGGUGUGCUUUGUUCUUGGCUGCUUUUGCUUCGGUGGUGAUCUGCAGUAGUAGUAGUAAAUUAAUUUUACUGGUUUGUGUUAAUGAUCAGAACUGUGUUGCCUGUUCAGUUAACCGCGUUGAUAUGCGUAUGUAUUUGGGACGAGAUGCGUUUUGUUUCGUGCUGUUUUGAUAAUCCUGUGGUUGCUGGUUUGA